CCGAUCCGGCCCGAACCGAUAACAAUUCUUGCUCUCUCUCUCUCUCUCUCUCUCUCUCUUCAUCUCGUCCCUCUUUUCUAGGGUUUCGCUCUCCUCCGACGAAGCUCGCACCGUUCCCCCACCGCCCCGAUCGACGACCAUGAGUACUGAACGGGACAAAGGUACUCCUGAUGGAAUUACUCAAGAGGCUAAAAAUACUCCUGAUUUAAUGGAACAGUUUGAGGAGUAUGAAGCUAAAGCACGAGUAGAGGAUUUUUGGAAGAAAAUGAAUAGUGGGUUGCCUGCCAAGACGCCAAAGUUUCCAAUGAAUAAGCCCAGUUCAACAGUGAAACGAAAAGCAAGUAAAAAAACCCCUGAAUGGAUGAUUGCACUCGGCCUUGCACCAAGGAAAGCAUCAAACGGUGAGGAAAUUCUUAAAAAAAGGCCAGAUUGUGCACAAAAUGGAACAAGUGAGGAAGCUAAAAAACUUGCAGCUGCCGCUCUUGCUGCGGUUAGGGAUGCCACAUUUGCUUCUACUGCUGGAAAGGGGAAAGUUGAAAUAACCGAGGUCCGAGACUUUGCGGGUCAGGAGAUCGAAGUGAAGAAGCUCGUAGACGCGGACUCGAAGGAGGCAGCCGAGAAGGCCCAGUCUGCAGGGGUCGCACCCACUGCCUUAGAUGCGAUUUUAGAACAGAUAAAGAAGAAACAGAAGCUGACUGUUCUCGACAAAACCAAAAAAGACUGGGGGGAGUUUAAAGAAGAUAAUAAAGGGAUGGAAGAGGAGUUGGAUGCUUACAAGAAGAGCUCAAACCAGUACUUAGACAAGGUUUCGUUCUUGCAGAGGGCCGAUCUACGAGAAUUCGAGCGCGAGAGAGAUGCGCGAUUAGCGUCACAGGCGAAGCGACGGACGGAUAUGAGGGAGGACUGACUUUUAGGCCUCGACUUACGUUGCUCUAACAACUAAUCUUUUGUUUUCUUUUUAGCUCAAUUGCCUCAGCUAACAAGUUGUUGUAAUUUAAUGUUGGGCUUAUCUUUUGAGAACCUUGUGAACUUAAUACUGUUAAGAAUCUAAGUGGAGAUGCAUUUUCAGGAAUUGAAGUUGCCACAGUUCUGUAAUGCGCAUCAAUUAUUGUAUUUCUCA